CUGGUAUUAGACUCGAGCAAUCUGUCUACUGCGUUGAAAGAACAGCACCACGUCGUCUACUAAGAAUCUAUAGGAAAAGACGAGUCGCGAAGGCGGGCACCGAAGCCAUUCAGCUUAUGGUUUUAUGUCGAGAUGCAGGCAGGAGGUGGGACCCGGGGCCCCGAAACCCCAAUGGGACAUCCAUGGAGGGGAGGGACAAGUGUUGGUAACAAUCAAGGACAAAUCGCAAAGAAUCAACAGUACGAUCACACAGCGCUGCGAGGUUCUUAUAAGCAAGAAAUCUACGAUGUGCGAGUUCGUGGAGGAUGUUUAUCAGACGAUAUUGUAGGGUAUGUGUCGAUUGAAGGUGAAGCGACAAGAAGAGAGAAGAGAGAUAGGAGGAAAUGGAGAUUGAUUGAAAGAAUGCCCUUGACCGAGAGAAAGAAGGAAUGAUUACAGGAAAAGAAAGGAAAGGAGGAGCAAGAGCGGUAGUAAGAGACGCAUUUCAUCCUCUUUCUUCCGAGCACUGAAUUCUUUGACACAAAGAGGAGCCCUGGAACCGGAGAACCGAAGAUGGCUCCACAGUGGGCGGAAUUGGACCCGGAGCUCGAUGCGAUUUUCCACGACGAUGAACCGGAAGGCCCUGAAUUGCCUCGCAAACCUGUCCCGACCGGAGAUGUGUACGAGGCGGCCAGAGCAGGGGACGUGGAGAGAUUGAGCUUCUGGCUGGACCUCGGAGUGAAUGUGAACGCCAGAGAUGCAUGGGAUUCUGUGGCCCUGUACUACGCUUGCCUUGCAGGUCACUUGGAUGCAGCCCAUAUGCUGUUAGAGUCUGGAGCCAUUUGCAGUGAGAAUACGUUCGACGGGGACCGUUGUCACUACGCCGCCCUUAAUCUGCGUGUUCGCAAGCUCCUCAAAGCCUUUGAGGCCCGACCACCACCUCUUGCACCCCUGCCCCGCUCACUCCGAGAGCUUUUUCUCAAGUCUCCUGCAAAUUUGACCUAUUUGGAACGCAGUUCUUUAACAGACGAAGAAGAUGCAGAUCAUCCGAAUAUUGCGAUUCGGAAAACUCGAAAACCAACCAGCGUGAGUGAGGAGUCAGACGAAUUUGGACCCGAUGUCACAUUCUCUGUGGCAGGAAGGGUGAUGAAGGCACACCGUGCAAUUUUAGCAGCUCGGUCUCCGUAUUUCAAGCGCAAGUUUGAGACGGACUGGAAAGACAGGAAACAGUUGAGGUUCGUAAACAGCAAGCUCACAUACGCAGCUCUCUUUAGUUUGCUCCAUUACUUCUACACGGACAGGCUAGACGUGGCAGUGUAUGAUAUGGAAGAUCUGGUGCGCGUCUGUAAAGUGUGUGAAUGCAUUGUCCUCAAGAAAGCCCUCGAAAAAGAAUUGGCGCACCAGAAGUUUGCAAACUACAAGUCUUUGAGGGGAGUAGACGAUUCUCAGAAGAGAUUCAUACUCCAAGGAUCGUCCCUAUCCUGGCAAGAGCAGCUCCCUGCAGCCAUGCGGCGACUCUUCCGCCUCUGCCUCGCCAACUCUCGCAAGGAAUGCAGUGUUGUCACGGGAUUUGGAUCCAAUGGUCAUGAGAUUCCCCUGGCUGGAAGACGAGGUGAGAGCUCGGCUCCCAAGGCCAAUGGGCAUGUCACAGGACUACACGAGUGUGACGAGGAGGAUGGUUCCAUGGCUGAAGACGUCAAGAGGGAACGCAUGGCAGCAUCUUCCGAAGCCUCCUCCACAGGACAGCAAGAGGAGGCUUUCGAGGAAGAUCAUGCCGAUGUUAUCAUCCUCGUCGAUGGAGUGAAGUUCAGGUGCCACCGGUUCAUUCUUGCGGCGAGGUCCGAGUAUUUCAAUGCAAGAUUUGCUCGCAUGAGUGAGAAUCAAAAAGCUCGUUCCACUACACGAAAUGGUGGGUUUGGGGUGCUGCCCGUGCUUGAAGAACAUGAUCUGAGUGCAGGUGCAUUUGAGAAGCUUUUGGAAUACAUUUACACGGACUACGUUGAGGAUAUAGACCCUGAUGAGGCGGAGGAGAUGUUCGAUGCUGCCUCACGGUACCUGUUGUUUCCCCUAAAACGAGCGGUGGUGGAUGUCCUGUUGCCUCACCUAGAGUCAACCCCACCUGCCGAAUUAUGUCACUGGUUACUCCUCUCUGACAUGUACGGGGUAUCCAAAUUGAGAGAGCACUGCCUCGAUGCAAUGGCUCUGAAUUUCGAGUUAUUUGCGAGUACGCGCGAAUUUCGUCAAAUGCUCAAAGCUCUUCCACCACCUUCAGGUGACUCCGAGGAGCGAACCACCGCUCCCAGUGCUCCUGGAGAAUUAGUAGAGGGACGAGACAAUUUGGGCAAUAUAUUGGAUGACUUGCGCGAGAAGUGGCUUGCGAUAGAAGGAGAAGAGCUGGACCAGCGUGACCAGAGUGCUAGAGAGUUCGACCAAAGACUGGCAGAGCUUGUGGAAAUGGCAACUCUCGAAGAAGCGGAGAUGAAAUGUAGAGAAGAUUGCAAUGUUCGUGCGAGGGAACACUGAAUGCAUGCAUUCAUUCCUUUAUUUUAACCAUAUUGAAUGCGAGUGGAUGUUUCACAUCUGAAAACAAUUUCGUCCAAAGCUAUCGGUCUGCAAUCACCCAAGGCGAGAAACUUAUCUCCUUGUCCCUACAAACCCAGUGUGAGCUGAGAAAGAAACUUGCAUGUCCCUGGCCACGACUAACUUGCAGUACACAGACAUGACGAAUCUGCCGUGACAAUCAAUAGCUCAUCUUUGCUCUACAUAACGACACAUUU